UCGGGAAUGGGCCAAGUAAGAACUCAUCAUCUGUUCCGUCUCUCUUUAGCUUAGCCUUACCAUGUCUUCGGACACCACGCCGGAGCUAGCGGACAAUUCCGGAAUAGCUACCAUAGACGACGUAAAUCAACGGAAGAUUCAGAAUCCGAUUCUCUCCCUCUUUCCAAACUUGCCAAUUUUCAACUUUCUCUUUCAAAAUCAAGAUUCCACUAAACAGGAAACUACCACACCUGCGAAAGAGGAGACGAAGCAGAAACCUUCCUUUGUCAAGCUUCCGUCUAGUUUGCCGAUUGUGCCUUCGCUGAAGCUGGAGGAGGGUGAAGAGUCUGAGCAACCUGAGCAGACGAAUCCCGUGGUCUUGUGGCAGGUUUAUGCUCUUGGAGGAGUGCUUGUUCUAAAGUGGAUAAUAUCAAGAUGGAAGGAGAGGAGGUCAAGAAACAAGCCACCUCCACCAGGGGAUGAUGAUCUCUCAUGAGACUUUUAUCCUAAUUAAGGCAUGUUAAUUACAUCCGAGCUUGUCUAAAUGUGUCGAUUUAGUUAAAAGUUUUAAUGUGCGAUUGCCGUGUUUCUGUUUCUUGGCCUAAUGAUUUUGAUCAUAUACGAGAAGUAUUUUCGUGGUUUUUGUUUGAGAGCUGUAGCUUCUCCAUAACUACUUAUGAUCAUGAAUCAUAUUUUGUUUGGUGUUCUUUCAUGGGUAAAUUGUUUCUCUGUACAUUCCAGGUUAACUUUAUAUCGGUAUAAGGUUUUUUCUGUCGAAAUUCCACACCAACAUUGC